AGUCUCGGGAAGCAGAGGUAGAUCAACACUGACGAAGAAGAAUUUAACGGUUCCCGGUUGUUGAACCGCUCUGGUGUCCGCUGUGGUUCACCGAUGGAUUACAACUUGUUCGGGACCUGAGAGCAAUCCCAAUUUACUGCCUCCAGGUUUCAUCGAGCUCUGUAAGCGAGCUCCUCCCGACGGUUUCCCAACAGCUAUGCUUUGACAGGUUGACACGGUCAGGAUUAUCACUGCAACUCGAGUGCAGGUCCAGAGAGAUGGAAGACGGCUCUGAGUUGAUGGAGGACAUCGUGUUUCGAGGAGUGGAGUUUUCUGUGAAGAUCGAACUGGAUAAGAAUUUGCUGAUUGUGGAAAUCUCUGACUCUGUGACAGCAGAUCAGUGGCGGGGGGAGUUUGACCCUGCGUACAUUGAAGAUCUCACUCGCAAAACUGGCAACUUCAAACAGUUUCCUAUUUUCUGCAGCAUGUUGGAAUCUGCUGUGAGGAAGACAAGUGAUUCUGUCACCCUUGACCUCCUGACCUAUGCCGACCUGGAGCUGCUGCGUAACAGAAAAGCCGGAGUGGUCAGUCGUCCUCGUGGCCACCAGCAGCAGUCAGCUCUCACCGCCAAGCGAUACCUCAUCCUCAUUUACACAGUAGAGUUUGACAGGAUACACUACCCUUUGCCGUUGCCGUAUGUGGGAAAGCCUGACCCAGCUAGCCUGCAGAAGGAGAUCCGAGCCCUCAGGGCUGAGAUCAGCGCGCUCACCUCCCAUGGAGGCGGCAAAUCUGCAGAUCUGGAAAUGCACCGGCUUCGACAAGAGCUCGCUGCAGUGAAAGAAGAAAAGGAAGCCAUGGCCAAGGCUCUGGAGAGGCUGCAAAUGAGUGGGAGUGGCUCUGAACUGGGCAGAGGAGACUGGAGGGUCAAAGAGGUGGUGCGGACGCUGGAGGAGCAGCUCAUCAAGGAGAGGGCCAAAGGUCAACGCUCCACUAGCAAAAGGUGCCAAGAACAGCGACUCCUAAUGGAGCAGUUGGAGGAGUUGAGAGCUUCAGAGUGUGCGCUCCGCGUUCGGGUCAAGAGUCUCACCAAUGAGCUGGCGUUCCUUCGGCGAGGGUUAGACAAUCUAAGCGUCAGAGUGACGCCUGUUUUGGGUCGCAUCAGCUCUCGAGUUGACGGGGAAGUCUAUCGGUCGCUGUCACGUGAGAGGAGUUCUGGGUACGGAGGGGUCAGGGCUCGCUCCGGGUCCAGAGAGCGGCUGGAGGACAGAAGACUGAGGUCAGGGGAGAGGGAAAGGAGGUCGGAUUCGUCGGGAUCACGUCCUCACAUGCUGAGGCCUUCGCCUUCGCCCACCAGGUCUCGGGUUCCUCGCUUUGACCCGACUGCCUACAUCCAGGACAGGCAGCGCAGGCAGAGAGAGUCAGAACUCAAAAAACAGCGGAAGGUGCGACGGGAAAUCCUAAAUUCCCCGGUGCUCCCUGAGCGGGGCCGCUCCCGGUCCAGGGAGGCUUAUCCUCAGGCGGUCCGGGCCGGAAGCAGAGGCAGGAGCCUGUCGCUGGAGCGUAGAGGCAGCAGGAACUCCUCUGACAGCUCAUUAGCAGACAUGGAUGAAAUGGGCAAAACACUUUUCAGGGGAAGAAAACAGACAUACAAUGGACCUAAUAUGUCUCGAGGCCUUUUAACCAGAAAGCCAUUAAGUAGCACCCCAACACACAGAACAAAAGACAAAGAGAGCUCCAUAGACACUGGGGCUGAGCUGUCAGAGAUUGAUGCGAGGCUGCAGGCACUUCAGGAAUACAUGCGGGACCUGGACACAGGACACUAGACGGCUGCGGGAGCCGCGUGUGAGCCAGGCAGUCUGAGGAACACAUCCUGGAUCAAACAGGAGUAGUUGGUUGUGUUCUAGCGAGAGACUGUAGCUCCCUCUGGAGGCUGAUCACCAUUACUGCAGGUAUCCACAACCAUCACCGUGAAGGUCACUGGACUGUUUUUAUGUCCUAAAUUCUUAAUUUAAAUAUGACUGAUUCUGUGUGGAAAUUGUAGGUCGUUUUAAAGUCGGCCAAAACUUGUGCAUGUUUGCAGGAGUUUUGGUUGAUGUUCAUUUUAUUUGGAGAUUGUUUUAACUAUUAUGAUAUUAAAAUUGCAACUUUAGGUGUCCUUUUGUGUUUACAAUUCUUCAUCCGUCCUCAGUACAGAAUAGAGAAGAUAAAUGGGUCAUAUGUCUCUCAUCACAGUGUGCCGUCAUAAUAUAUACAUUUCUACAAAUUAUCUCUGGAGAUGAACCUGACUAAAUCUGUUGUAUUGUUUUUAUUGUCAUGUUGAACAUGGUUUUUUGUCUUUCUCUCCAAUGCAUGCUGGGAUAGAUUCCAGGGGCAAUGUCAAAGCAGAUUUCCAUGCUGCCAAAAGCAUACCUGUUAAAAUGUGAUUCCUGCCAAAACUGCGUUUUUUACAAGUUUUUUUUUAUUAUUUUGUUCUGUUUGAAUCUGAAGGUUCCCAGUGUAUUUUACCAUUAUAACUUAUCUACAUGUGCAUUAAUAUUGAUAUAUUGAAGUUUUACUUGUUUUGAUCCCAUUUCGAUAAACCCAAACCUUGUGUGGGAAAGUAACCUGAGCUGACUUAAGGCUGUUUACAAACUGUAAAAUGGCCAAUUUUUUUUAACCAAAUUGUGUGCAAACUGACUGUUACUUUUAUUUUUUUUCUAUUUGCCUUUUGUACCUCCUAAAGAUUAUAAAAAAUACAACUUUUGAGAAAAAAUGUUUCUAUUUUAUUUCUGUCAGGAAUAAAUGAAUACAGUGAAAGACUGUGUUAGUGGGA